CGAAGCGGAAUUAAAUUAAUUACUUGUUUGAAAUCACUUUAAGGAGGAUCAAGAAACGAAACCGUACUGCAGAAUGAUGAGAUAGAAUCCAAAAGAUAAGAUGAGAUGAUAUAAGUAAAAGGAUAUAGUAGAAUCCGUGUGAGAGUUAUUUUUCUUCCUUUUAAAUUAUGAUGACUGCCUGAUUGAUUUGAGAUGAAAGGUGAGAAGAGCGUGUCAGAUUAAGGUAACUUUUAAAAAUGGUUUUCUCUUUCGAAAUACGAAACCUUUUUGAAAGCUGAAAAACUGAAAAAGAUAGAUGGAGGAAAACGAUUCUGUUGAGGAUGGGAUGUGACUGAUAGGCAUAAGGAAGGUCAUUUAGGGAAUCCAGACAGAUGUGAUCCGUAGCGCGUAGAAAAUCUUUCGAGAUAGGCUUAGUCUGAAGAAUAUUCGGUAACGAACUAUUAUUGAGUUUUAUCCAGCGAAAAAAAGAUAAUUUUCAUGGAAGAGAAAUUUGAUUGUUAAAGAAGACAAAUUUAAUUGAGAAAUCUGAAGAGAAGGGAUUAAAAUACAAUUGAAAGUUCUGAAUAAGAGUUGAAAACUAUUUCUUAUUGUAAAUGGUAUGUUUUGAAGGAAAAUUUGCUAGAUAAAAAGGAAAAGAACCUGUGCAAAGAGAGGAAACGAAUGAUCGAAGACUUUAAAUCAGAAAAAAACUACUGUUAUUUAAAUGUCAAGUGAAAGUAAUAAUUAAUCUACGAAUGACGUCAGAAUAUUAUGGUAAAUUAAAGGGAGGAGGGAAAAGGGGGAUGGGGGAAUUUAGAAUCUUUCGAUCUGGACCAUAUUGGUUAUAUGAAGAGAAUAAAGAAACAUUUUCUCUUGGGGUUAGAAAAACAUACGCCACACGUCUGUCCAACAAGAAGAAUGUUCUAUAUAUUGAUCGUUAAAUAUUUCAUUCCAUUCCAAAGUCUAGUUCAAUUGUGCGCAAGAACAUAAAGGGGAAUUUUUCUACUGAAUUCAAUAUGAUAGAUUUUCAUAACCUUGGAAAUAUAUUAAUCCUUUUUCUGGUAUGGCCUUGAUAAGACACAACAAAGAUGAAAAAUGAACUUUGUCUUUUUGGCAACUGAUGAAGGAUAUGAUGAAAAAGAAGAAGGCUACCUACCCCAGGGUGAGGAUUUUUUACAAGAUAUAGAGGGAAGUAGUCAUUUAGGCCGUUCUUCCAAUGGUCAAUUAGCAGUUGCCAUUAAAGUUUUUGGAGAAUGUACAUCAUUCAUUGACAUUUUAAAAGAGACGCUUACCCUGGAUUACGCCGCUAAUAACAUUUUAAAAUGUGUAUGUUUGGUGUGAAAAAUUCGGAUUUUCUAUCUGUUGACCUAGCUACAUUAUUGAUUGAAGAUUCGGAUACCUUUGAUGUUAAAACUGUGUAGAUUGUCUUGUUUAAAGUAGUAAAAAGAAUAAGAGAUACUGUGUAUCCUCGAGUAAUGAACUAUAGGCGAAGGCACUGUAUAUAUAUACUGUAUACAGUUGAGAUUUGUAGAAAAGCACAGUAGAGAAUUAAUAGUUAUCUCUAUUUCUUGGAAUGAGUUUUAUCAUCCUUAAAUACGAUGAUGAAAAAGUAUAGUUAUCAUCAUGAUUAGCCAAUUUAUCAAAAGUGCAAAUACUACGUAGAGCUGUCAGCUGCCAAAAAGACACGGAUUAUUCGUCCAACAACCUCUGUGACGCUCCACUGAGUCAAACUAAUUCGUAAGGAGCUGAUAUAGCAGCAGUGGGCGAUCUCUUUUUGAGAUAUUUAUCCAACAUUGAAGCAAGGUCUAAAAGGUAUCGUCGAACACACUCAAUCUCAUACAUUGGUUAACGAUUAUUGGUCAUUUUGUGACAUUAUCAAAACCCUUGAGAAUUUCAUUGAAGAGAUGAGAGACAACCAAAACGAGGCAGGGGAGAUUUGGAAGAGAUUUGGAAGGAAAAGGAAGAG